GGAUGCCGGCCUUUUAUUGGUUACUACAUCCGGAGCCCGGCAAAGCGGAACGCCGAGCCGCCAGCGAUCGGCUGGCGAGGACUGGGGCGGGCGUGCAGACCGCGAGGACCGCGUGCGAUUGGCCAGCACCGGGACGGCGUCCCCGGCGCCGGGUCCCGAGUCGCGGUGGGCUAUGGCUUCUGGCGGCUGGCGCUGGCUGCGCGGACUGCGGGCCGUGGGGCAGCCCCUGUUCCAAGGCCGUGCGUUGCUCGUCACCAACACGUUGGGCUGUGGUGUUCUCAUGGCGGUCGGGGACGGCGUGCGCCAAUCCUGGGAGGUCCGCAACCGGCCUGGCCAGAAGUUCGAUCCCCGGCGCUCAGUGGGCUGCAGUAUGGGUCCCUUCCUGCACUACUGGUACCUCUGGCUGGACCACCUGCUCCCAGCGUCUGGCCUCCCUGGCCUCCCAAACGUCCUCAGGAAGGUGCUCAUCGACCAGCUGGUGGCCUCUCCCACGUUAGGCGUCUGGUACUUCUUGGGCCUUGGCUGCCUGGAGGGCCAAUCGCUGGAUGAGAGCUGCCAGGAGCUGCGGGACAAGUUCUGGGAAUUCUACAAGGCCGACUGGUGCGUUUGGCCAGCUGCCCAGCUGGUGAACUUCCUCUUCGUGCCCCCCCAGUUCCGAGUCACCUACAUCAAUGGCCUGACGCUGGGCUGGGACACGUACCUCUCCUACCUGAAGUACCGGGUGAGCUCGGUGGGCGGACCAGAUACCCAGGGGUCUCCUCAGGGGCCACACGUUUGAACCCCAAAUGGCGGUGCAGCUGCGUUCUAGGGUGAGGUCCUCCUAGCCUGUGAUAAUCUACAAACUACAGCAGGUGGGUGGGGAGCUGAACCCCAGCAGGGUGAAGACCCAGCCCCUAUCUGCUGUUUGAUGUGACCUCGGGCAGGACCUGCUGCGUCUGCCCCGCAGGACUGAGCCCAGCCGGAAGACAGAUGGGUGAGGACUCU